AAAAUAAAUAAAAAAGUUCUUGAGACUGAUCUCUCUCUCUCUGAGCUCUGUCUCUCCCCUGCACUUUAUUCCGUUCAAAUUCGAUACUUUGCUGUUGUUACUGAGACCGAGGCCCUUUGUUCAAGGAGAGAGAGAAAGAGAAGCUCAGUCUAGCCUUCUCUCUCUUACACUUUCUUUCUCUUUCUCUCCCUGCCACAUUGUCUUGUUCUGCUUCGGAAUCUCAUCUCACUUCCACGCAUUAAAGCAUCGUCCCUUGUUCUCUCUCUUUCCAGUCGUUACGGUUUCGUAGUUCUUCUGCUUUUGCUUCUUUGCCCCUUAACGCUUUCAUAUAGUGCAUUUAAUAGUGCGAGAAGAAGGAAGCCAUAAAACCCAUUUUAACGCUUAUUUUGUUCUUGCUCCAAAGCUCGAUACAUUGAAAACCCGGGAGCUGGGUAAGGAAAAUCUCUGCUAAAUCCCAGAUAUCCAGAAUUAUCUGAGAAUACCAGGAGAGCUGUAUGAAGUGGUAGUGAAACAAUGAGAGAUGAAAAUCCCAAGAAAAGCAAGCUCUCAUGGUCAAAGAAAAUGGUCAGGAAGUGGUUCAAUAUCAAGAGCAAGACGGAGGAUUUUCAGGCAGAUGAUGUUAAUUGCGGUGGAGGUGAUACGGAAUACAGGACUAGCUUCUCAGAGAGGGAGCCAUGCACAAUCAAAAAAAGCAAAACUGAAAAAUUUUGCCGGAACACGGAGCAGGGCCGGCGAGGAAGAAUGAAUCUUGACCACCCCCGAAUCAUAGACGUGCAGAACUAUAGCAUAUUCGUUGCUACAUGGAAUGUGGCUGGAAGAUCCCCACCGAGUAAUUUGAAUCUGGAUGACUGGCUUCAUGCCGCGGCACCUGCUGACAUUUAUGUUCUUGGAUUUCAAGAAAUUGUUCCAUUAAAUGCCGGUAAUGUUCUGGGUGCAGAAGACAACGGUCCUGCCAAAAAAUGGCUGGCUCUCGUUCGAAAGACUCUGAACAAUCUUCCUGGGACCAGUGGGGUUGGUGGAUGCUAUACACCAUCACCCAUUCCAGAGCCAAUGGUAGAAAUAAAUGCAGAUUUUGAGGGGUCUACUAGGCAGAAGAACUCAUCUUUCUUCCAUCGUCGAUCCUUCCAGACAACCCACAGCUGGAGAAUGGACAGUGAACCUUCAAUCCCACAACCAAGACUUGAUCGUCGAUUUAGUGUUUGUGAUAGAGUAAUAUUUGGCCACCGGCAAAGUGAUUUUGAUCCCAAUUGCAGAUGGGGUCACCGGCCGAGUGACUAUUCCCGGCCAAGUGACUAUUCCAGACCGAGCGACUAUUCCAGGCCAAGUGACUAUUCCAGAUGGGGUUCAUCUGAUGAUGACAAUGGGCCAGGGGACUCCCCAAGUACUGUGUUGUAUUCUUCACCAAUGGCCUAUGGCGGAUUUCAAUCUUGCGAAGAUGGAUAUAGAAUGCCAGGGCAUUCGAGGUACUGUUUGGUUGCAAGCAAACAGAUGGUCGGCAUAUUUCUCACAAUAUGGGUAAGAAGUGGAUUGAGGGAUUCCGUUCGGAACAUGAAAGUUUCUUGCGUUGGCCGAGGAUUGAUGGGUUACCUCGGAAAUAAGGGAUCAAUUGCAGUCAGCAUGUCUUUACACCAAACAACAUUUUGCUUCGUCUGUAGCCAUUUGACCUCAGGGCAGAAGGAGGGUGAUGAGCUAAGAAGGAACUCUGAUGUCAUGGAAAUCCUUAGGAAGACAAGGUUUCCCCGUGUUCAUGGCUCUGGAGAUGGGAAAUCCCCCGAAACUAUCCUCGAGCAUGAUCGAGUUAUUUGGCUUGGGGAUUUGAAUUAUCGUAUUGCUCUCUCUUACCGCUCUGCCAAAGCGCUUGUUGAGAUGCAAAACUGGAGGGCAUUGUUAGAGAAUGACCAGUUACGUAGAGAGCAGAGACAUGGUCGUGUUUUUGUGGGGUGGAAUGAGGGGAGGAUUUAUUUUCCACCAACUUACAAGUAUUCAACUAAUUCAGACAGAUAUGCAGGGGACGAUAUGCAUCCAAAGGAGAAACGCAGAACGCCUGCUUGGUGUGAUAGAAUUUUGUGGUAUGGAGAAGGUCUCCAGCAAUCAUCCUAUGUCCGGGGUGAAUCUAGAUUUUCAGAUCAUAGACCCGUUUAUGGCCUAUUUUGGGCUGAGGUUGAAUCAAGCCAUAGCCGUUUGAGGAAAAGCAUGAGCUGUUCCAGUUCCAAGAUUGAAGUGGAGGAGCUUCUGCCGUAUUCGCAUGGAUAUACUGAACUCAACUUUUUCUAAACGAAAGAAGAAUAAUUGUGAUCCACGUUAGUUUGCACUUGAUUGCAGGCGGGAAUAACUUUGAAGAAAUUCAUCCUUGAAGGGUGAUGGAGACAUUCCGUUGCCCACGUACCAAAAGAGCAGGAGUUGAUUCUGUAAUUUUGUCACCAACACAAUAUACCUUCAAACAUCAUAAACGUUAGCUAACAACGUAACAGCAUCAGUAUGAUGCAUUAUUUCUGUUUCCUGAUUAACAAGCACCCUCCUUCUGGCAUCUCAGAGUCGGGCACGGGUAUAAUCCUAUAUGAUGAUCAGGAUGAACUCAACCUAUACAGAAGUGCCAUGUGGGGAGAUGACAAUUUUUUUCUAUUCGUGAUUUUUUAAUUUGUUCAGGAAAUAUAUAAGAUGACUGAAUGGAGGUGAAAGAUAGUCAAAAUAAGCCUGUGUACUAACUUUAAAUGCUAAGAAAAGUAAAGAAAGAUCUGGUGGAUACUCAUUGCGAAAGUAAUGUGAAAAAUGUAAAGAAAAGAAAAGGAAGAAGUUGAUUAUAGAAAUCUGAAGCCUCUUGCUCUCUGUAUUGUUAAUGAUUCUACUGAAAAAAGAUCUUGUUCUUGAUA